CUAGGGGUUUAAAGAAGAACGAUGAUGGAGCUGCGAAUCUUGAGAUUAUACUAAAAACAAAUCAUACUCUGGUUUCACCAAUGGGAGAAGCAAUUCAUUCUGGGUUUCGUCGUAGACGAUCUCAUCUGAAGAGUAAAACAGUCGAUACUCUUCUCAAAAUCAUGUCUUUAUGUGCUGAUGAUCAAGAAUCUCAGAAUUCUCUUCCAGUCGUAUCUGAUGCCAUAAAUUCAGGUGUUCGAAGAAAUGGCUCAGAGAAUGAAUUGGUAAAAGAUAAGAGUGCUGAGGUGGUUUUAGGACUUGAAGAUUCGGCGAUUCUAGAUGACGAGGUUGGUUCUUUUGUAAUCAAGGAACCACAGCAAAGGAAUGUUGAUGAGGCCAAAGUUGUUGAUGAACACAUAACGAAUGAAAUUCUGGAACCAAUUACACAUACAGAAGAUAUGCAAGUGCAAAGUUCUUCAUCUGAGCCGAAAGUUGUGAAUGAAGUGGCAGGUGAACAUCAGCAAGAAGAGACGUGUUUAGCGGAACUGGUUAAUUUGGAUUCUUCUGUUUCUUUACCCGCUGACACGGGCAUUGAGAAUGUUGUGGCAGGUGAACAACAGCAAGAAGAGACGUCUUUGUCAGAACAAGUUAAUCUGGAUUCUGCUGCUUCUUUGCUCACUGAUAUGGACAUUGAAGAUGGUGAAAUUCCCGAUGGGUUAGGUCUCUAUAAUGAAUUAGUCGAUUUGAUACAUGAGGAUCUUGCAUCGAAUGAAGAAAAGAGCGUUGGCAAAGACCAGAGUCAGCAUGGAGUUAUUAAGGAGAGCGAGUUCGAGGCUCGACAACAGGAUGAUUUGGGGGCAGUUGAAAAAUAUAUGUCAUCAACUUGUACUCCGGAAGAAAUUCUGAUGAAAAAGAACAAGAGGAAACUUGAUAGAGAUUAUGCAGUAGGUGUUGGUAAUAGAAAUCUCAAACGGGGUUAUGGGGAUGAUUUGCUGCUAGGAGCAGGAAAUGGUGGAAAGGAAAUUGAGGAAGCCAAUGUGGAUGCACCUGCAAAAAAGGCAUGUUUGAUUGAUAGAAAUCUUGAACAAGGUUAUGGGGAUGAUCGGUUGCAACAGGCAGGGAAUACUAGAGGCGAAAAUAGUGAAGCUAAAGUGGCUGCAAUAACAAAAGAGGUAGAGCUUUGUAAUAGAAAACUCGAACGGGGUUAUGAUGAUGAUUGGUUGGGAGAUGCAGGAACCAGUGGGAAGGAUAUUUGUGAGGCCGAAGUGCAUGAAAAAACAAAGAAGAACACGAAAGUAGUUGAAAAGAGAUUAAGAGUUGUUGGUAAAGAAAGAAAAGAAAAGAAAAAGAUGAACGGGCGAAAAAAGAGAGCACAAACGCGAAGAGAACAAGGAGUCAAGAGGUUGAGAAUUGAACCACAAAUUUCAAAACCAAAACCACCAAAGUACUGCGAAUUUUAUCUUAAAGGAAGAUGUCAGAAGGGUGAUUCCUGCAAAUUUUCCCAUGAUACAACUCCAUUGACGAAAUCCCAGCCAUGUAAGUUUUUGGCACUCCAACAGUGCUUGAAAGGUGAUGACUGUCCAUUUGAUCACCAACUCUCCAAGUAUCCAUGUAACAACUUCGCUUCCAAUGGUUCUUGUUACAGAGGAGAUAAAUGCUUGUUCUCACACAAGAUUGCGGAAACUCCUAAACCAUCUGACGUUACCCCAACAGAAGCAGUGUCUCAGCAUUCGCCGAAUAACAUAAAUACGAAGAGAAGUCAGAACACAAAGAACAUUUCUCCUUGUACACUCGAUAAAGUAUCCAGUGGGGGGUCUCUGAAGACCCCCUCAACAACAGGAAGCCAAGUCCACAAGAAUCCUGAGCAGAGUGUGUUGGAAAAACUGAGAUCACCUGCACAACCACCUAAAGGAGUUACAUUACUCUCAUUCGGCAACUCACCUUCAAAUAACUCCAGUGUGAGACCACCUGCACAACCGCCUAAAGGAGUAACAUUACUCUCAUUCGGCAAUUCACCUCCGAAUCACUCCAGUAUAAGACCAGCUGUGCAACCACCUAAAGGAGUAACAUUACUCUCAUUUGGCAAUUCGCCUCUGAAUAACUCCAGUAAUAAGACGAACUCUAAUGGCACUGAAGCAAGCACUCAAAAAGAUCAAGAGACAUUGAAAACUCCCCAAAGUUCGAAUGAGCUGUUCCAGAAGACUACACCGUCAACACUGGCUUCUGCAAGUCAAUGUUCACAAAACCCAUUACAGAACGCCCAGAACAAGAAUUCAGCUCAAAGUUCACCAUCAUCAUCAGCCUUGUCUUUUGCAGCCAAGUAUGAAUCUGAAAUGAUGAAGAACCGGUCAAAAAUUCCCACCGGCUUGUGCACCACCACCACCUCCAACAGUAGUAAGACACCGAGCAGCAGCACAGCUGCCAGUUCAAGCAUUGAUAACAUCCAAAAUCGAUUACUGAAAGCCUCUCCAUUACUUCAAGAAUUCUUGUUCGGUUUUGGUGGAACUGAUGGUAAACUGUAAAUUGUAAAAUAUGAAAAAAAAAAAAACCAUUCUCAUUCAUAGCUUCUCACUUUGUACCAACUUAUAUAGUAUCAAUCAAAAUUUUGUAGAUUUGCUGUAAUUCUCCUCAUUUAUGCCAAUUAAGAUUAAUGUCUGACUUAAGUCAGCAUACUUUGACC